AUGAGGAGACGUCUGAUACAAAUAUCUGGCUUUGUCUCUUCAACACUGGGAUGGGUAUUAGUGUUGUGCACCGUAGCCAUGGACAGCUGGAAGACGACCCGGAUUGGAAACCAAGGAGGCUCCGCCAUGAUGACGGUGUUGUGGUAUUGGUCCAACCUGUGGAAGGACUGUGUGACUGACGCCACAUCUGUCUCCAACUGUAUAGAUUUCCCAGCGCUUUGGAAUGUCACCUAUAUCAUCAAUGGUGUGCGAGGAUUGCUAUUAACUGGGUUAACGCUUGGAUUACUUGGUGCAAUUCUCUGCCUUGUUGGGAUGGAGUGCACUUAUAUUGGUGGAACUGAUAAAGCCAAGAACAAACUGCUUCUUGCUGGAGCAGUGUUUCAUUUUGUUGGUGGUGUGGCAGAUAUAUCUGCGUACGCCUUAUACAUCAGCAGGGUCAAUGGAACAGUCUUUGCUCUCAGUGCAGGUCCAGGAGUCUUACGGAACUACAAGAUGGACGAGACCAAGAUGAACUUCUUGUUUAACAGCACCUCAACUUCUCAGCACACCUGA